AUGAAUGAACUUAAAUCAUUAGACAUAACAGAAGAUGUUGAUAAUAUCAACAGCAACAACAGAACUUCAUGCCAACAAUAUUCAAAUUUAUCAUUUUCAAUAGAAAACUGUCAUCAAACUAUAAGUCAUUUAGAUAAAACAACAGAACAACAAAUAUCGGAAAAUUUGAUUAAACUUCCAAUAAUUGCUAAUUUAUCUACAAAAACAUUUGACUGUAUAAAUAGUAAUGUACAGAAUUAUGUGAAUUCUAGUAAAGAUUCAAUCAAAUCUUUGGAAAAUGUACAGUUAUCCCACAACAAUGUAGAUGAAAUAGAUUAUUUAUAUAGGAAAUUACGAAAAAAUUUAAAACAAAACAGUUUACUUGAAUAUUAUUUUCUAUUAAUUCUGCAACAUUUAUUUAAAUCAUUACUUUUAUUAAAAAACAAUUUUAUUUACCACAAAAAUGAACAUGUACAUCCUUUGUACAUGUACAAUACAUAUUAUAUCAUUAUAAUAUGGAAAGAAAUCAUUGAAUAUUGUCAUCUAUUAAUAUGUUCAAGUAAAAUAAUACAUCAAAAUAAUUUUAAUCAUUUUAAAACAUUAUCUAUUGUACAAAUGAAGAAAUGUAAAAGUUUAUCAGAUUUAUCAAACCUCAUACAAUAUAAUCACUACCCAUGGAAUAUUUCACAUACAUAUCAGUCAUUUUCACAAUGCUAUAGAUCUAGUUUACCAACAUUGAAAAUUGAUCAAGCUAUAGUUAGGAAUUUAAAUAGACAUAAUGCUAAUAAGAUGUGUACAAGUACAUCAUCUAGCGAUUUUGAAUCGAUAUGUUCCGAUAACGAGAAUUUAAACAAACAAAUGGAAAUUGAACAUCCAACAAAUAAUCUCAACCAAAAAAUCUGUCCAUUUGAAGAAGUUAAGAAACAACCCAAAGAGCACGAAAUCAAAUCUACGAUACAACUGGAAUUAUCAAAUUUAAAUUCUUCAAACAUGAAUACAUUUGAAAACUUAGCGAAGUGUAGUUCAUUCACCACUAAUAAAUCAACACAUUCAUCUUUGUCUAAUCGUAACUCUUCUGUAUUGGAUUCACAACUAACAUUAAUAUCGACAUCAACCCUACCAUCAAUCAGUUCACCUUCUCCACCUCCUCCACCUCCUUUAGCAAUGUUUUCUCCUUCAUCAAAUGUAUCAUUUACAUCAGUAUCAAAUAAUGCAUUCAACGCAAACAGACAUUCUCAUCAUGAAGAAACGAAAAAUCCAAUUGCAUUCAAUCAUAUAAUAAGCAAUGCAAAUAUCAAUGAAUCUGAUAUACACAAGUUAAAACCGUUUCGUUGGACUAAAGUCUAUACAUCAAAAUAUAUUAAUGUAUGGAAUAAUACUAAUGGAUUAUGUACAAAUACUUCUGAACAUAAUGAAACAAUAAGCAGAAAAUCAAGAAAUUUUAUUAAUCUGAGUAAAUUAAAUAUCCUUUUUAGUCAAAAGCAGAAACUUUCAGCUAAAAAUCCUGAAAUUAAAAUAUCAGCAAACUCAGAGUUGUUUUUCCAACCAAAUUCUAUUGAUGAACACACAGUUGAAAGGAGAUCAUAUCAUGACUCUUUUCAUCAGAAAUUCUCUAGCGACAAACACAUACAUGAAAAUAAUUUAAUGGUACCUACAAAUUCCGAUCCUAAACUACGUGAUGCCGACAAUUCUUAUUCUAUACGUGGAAGAUCACUUUCAUCUUCUCGUACCAUGGAGUUUAAUCAAAAACAUGAGCCCAGCUUAAUAGAUAGUCAACGUUGUUUGAAUAUCAACAUAUUUCUACGUCAAUUUCGACAUAUUCACAUAAAUUUACUCGAUUUGAUUAAUCAAUGUGAUGGUAGUUCAAUCGGUUCAGAACGUUUAAAAGAUUUGAUUAAACUACUUCCAACAGAUCAAGAAAUAAAAUGUUUGAAAACUUUUCAAGGGAAUAUACAUUAUUUGGAUCCUGCUGAAAGAUUUUUCUAUGAUUUAGUUAGAAUACCAAAAUAUUAUCAUAAAAUUGAUUGUAUGUUAUUGAAAGAAGAAUUCCAACCAACUAUCAAUUGGAUAAAAUCAUCAUUAGAAAAUGUAAUGAAAACUAGUCAAGAAAUAAUAACAUCUCCGUUAAUUUGUGAUUUACUACAAACUGUUUUAGAAAUUGGAAAUUAUAUGAAUAAAGGUGACAGUCUUGGAUCAGCAUCUGGUUUCAAAAUUUCCAGCUUACUAAAACUUUCUGAAGUUCGAUCAAACGAUCCGAAAAUCACUCUAUUACAUUUUCUUGUUCAGGAGUUUAAAAUGAAUAAUCCACAAAUGUUAAGAAUUGCUGACACAAUGACACAUCUCAAAGAAGCAUCAGAUGUAUCACUUGACUUUAUUAAAAAAGAAAUUAACCGAUUCAAAAGUAGAUUACAAAAUAUAAUUCAACAUUUUGAUUCAGAAAUAUUUGGAGAACAAUCAAAAAUUUGUGAAUUUAUCGAACAAUCAAAUAAAGAACUAAGUGAAGUACAAAAACAAAUGGAUAAACUUCAAGAAUUAGAGGUAGAAUGUGCACAGUACUUCUGUGAAUGUCCAACACAGUUUCGAAUUACAGAGUGCCUACAAACAUUUCAUUUAUUUUUUGAGAAAAUGAAAUCUAUAGAACAAGAAAUAAAACACUAUGAACAAAUGGAUAAAGAGAGAUUGGAAAAAUUAAAUCGAAAUGAUACAUUGAAUAGCGCAAAUACAAAGUAUGAGAAUAAAAACUACCGACUAGUAGAAGAUAAACCGAAUCCAAAUCAAGAUGAUCAUAAUAUCAUGAUGAAUCUUAUUUCCAAUGGUAUAUCAAAUCCUAGAAUAGUACGAAAUCGAUCAAGAAGUCGUUCAAAUACAAACAAAUUGAAUUAUUCCAACUCUACAAAUUUAUUAUCUAAGUACUCCAUAGAAAAUAAUAAAUUAAAUACGAAUAAAAAGUAUACUGAUGAAUUGAAUAGUGUUUCAAAGUCUACUGAUAUGUCACAUACUACAACAUCACUGUUUGAACACUCAUCAACAAAUAAUAUAAAUGAAAAGAACAAUAAUAUUCGAAUAAAAUCACGUCAACCAAUUGGACAAUAUCGUAUGAAUACUAAAUUCCAAUUCAAUAACAAUGAAUUUGAACGUGAACGUAGACCAUGGUCACAAAUUGAAAAUCAAUCAACCAAUUCUCUUACAAAUAACAUAAAUCAACAAUCAGAUGAGUUAAAACUCAAUCAUAGUAGUGAUGAAGAGGAAAUCUAUCAGUUGAAUGAACGAAUUAGACGAUUAACAUUGAAAUUCAAUAAAAACACACAAUAA